AUUAAAUCGCGAUUACUGUUUCGCGUUUGACCUGAUCCGAGUUUGUUGUCUUUGACCCGAUAAACCCAUUUUAGAAACGACGUCGUGUGCUAUUGGAGAAAGUCUUAAGACUAAACGACGGCGUUUGUUUCUAAUACCUCUGUCGUCGAUUGAAGAAUUAGAUUUAGGGUUUGCACAUUUGGGAAAAAAUCGAUUUGGGUUUAGGGUUCUGAGAGAUUUCGAAGAGAAGUGAUGCCAAUGACAGAGUUGAUCUAUGAGAGUGAUCCAGAUGAUCCCGAUUGGAGAGAGGUAGCCUCGGAUGAAGAGAGUCAGGGAGAUGGAGACAAGAGCGGAGAAGAUGGAGAUGACGAGGAAGACGUCGUCGAGAGUGGUGAUGAUGGAGAGAAGAGCGAGGAUGAUGUAAAUAAUGCCGGUGAUGAUGGGGACAACAAUGGGCGAGACAGAGAUGUUGAACCAGAAGCGAGUCGAAGAAAGGCAAAGAGGAAGAGAGAGGAGUCUGAAGUGGAAGAAGACAACGAAGAAACACAAAGAAAACGGGAAAAGAAGACUAAUGUUGAAGAGGAAGAUGAUAUAGUGGAAAGGUUUGAGUUCGAGAUAGAAGAAUCUGUAGCAACUUGGUUUGAUGAGUUUAGGAUUAAUCGAAAUUCCAUCCCCGAGAGUUCAGAUGAAGAGGAAGAUCCAAUAAUUAUUAGAGAUAGGAGAAUUAGGAUGGGAAUUGAUGAUAAAUUAGGUAUUGGUAGAACAUUUUUCACUGCGUUUGAGAUCAAAGAGGCUGUGUUACAUCAUGCGUUGAAGUCAAGAGAAAACAUUAGACAAGAAAGGUAUGGGAAGGAGAAAAUUGGUUUUAGGUGUGGUCGGGAUAAGAAUUGUGGCUGGAAAGUAUAUUGCGCAUUCGAUAAGAGUAAACAACUGUGGGUUUUGAGGACUAAGUGUGGAUAUCAUAGUUGCACUCCUAAUGGGAAAUGCAAGUUGUUGAAGAGUCCUGUGAUUGGAAAGCUUUUCAUGGACAAACUGAGGAUGGAUCCUAAUUACAUGCCUCUUGAUAUUCAGCAGCAUAUUAAGGAGCAAUGGAAGCUACUGAGUUCUAUAGGACAAGUGCAAAGAGGAAGACUUUUAGCUCUGAAGUGGCUUCGAGAAGAAUAUGCUCAACAUUUUGCUCAUCUUAGAGGUUAUGUUGCUGAACUAGAAGGUUCAAAUCCAGGAUCCACAUCAAUAGUUGAUACCUUUCGUAAUGCUGAUGGUGAAGAUGUUUUUAACCGUUUUUAUGUGUGUCUUGGAGCAAUGAAAAAAGCUUUCUACUAUUGUCGGCCUAUCAUUGGGAUUGAUGGAACUUUCCUGAAACAUGCUGUCAAAGGUUGCUUACUUACUGCUAUUGCUCAUGAUUCAAACAAUCAGAUUUACCCAAUUGCGUGGGCAGCUGUACAAACUGAAAAUGCAGACAACUGGUUAUGGUUUCUGAAACUACUCAAGGCUGAUUUGGAUCUAAAGGAUGGGAAUAAUUAUGUCAUCAUAUCAGAUCGUUCUAAAUCACCGGGAUUCCUUGUGAACAUGCUUAUGCAGCCAUCUUAGAUGUUAAUAAGGAUGUUGAUGAUUA